GCUAUUUUACGUCUAGAGAGUUCUAAUAAUGAGAGGGAAUGAGUUUACCACUGAACCCAAAGCCAUUCUUGAAUGGCCUGACAGGCAAGCCAGUGAUGGUGAAGCUCAAGUGGGGGAGGGAGUACAAAGGCUACCUGGUGUCUGUGGAUGGUUGCAUGAACAUGCAGCUGGCCAACACAGAAGAGUACGUGGAUGGCGCUUUAGCAGGCCACCUCGGUGAAGUCCUUAUCAGGUGCAAUAACGUCUUGUACAUCCGAGGCGUCGAAGAGGAGGAGGAGGACGGAGAAAUGAGAGAAUAAUUCCAGAGAGUUGAAAGUGUGCUUGUGUUUUCACGCGUGUAAAUGAAACCGCAUGAACGUUACUUUGUUGUUUUCUUCUUUUUUUGUACUUUUUCUUUGUUGCGAUGCAGGCACAAUAAAAAAAAAUAUUGUACUUAUUGUUCUAAUCA